GGAAACAGCAGCCCUAAUGCUAGCGCCACCGCUGAUGCGGCUGCCAGGGGGGGAAAGUGUUGUGUACGUGCAGAUUGCUGAUGCUUCUCCCAUAAUGUUUUGUAGGAAGUUUCCAUGCUUCUUCGGCUUAGUACGUAGAAGGAGACCUGGAGACAACGCAGAAUGAUGAUGAUGAUGGUCUAGAUUUUUUUAAAUGAGAUAUUUGGAGAAUUUUCAGACUAGGUUUCCCAGUGCUUUGGAAGGAUUGAGUGUCAGAGUCCUUGAGCCAUCAAAAGAUUCUCUUGAGAGAAAAAUUCUCUUAAGGUUGAAAUCUGAGGGUUUGGGGGUGGAUACUGGCAGAUCCUAAGAUGUGGGAUCUCUGGAAAGCCCUGAAGUUUAUGCAUUUCACCAUGAUGAAGACAUCUGGGCCAAGAGUUGAUUCCAGAUGGAACUGUGAAGACCCACAACGAUGUGCCCGUGAAUAAUGAGUAGUACCUACUGUGGCAACUCUUCAGCUAAGAUGAGUGUCAACGAAGUAUCAGCUUUCUCAUUGACUCUGGAGCAAAAAACUGGCUUUGCUUUUGUUGGGAUUUUGUGUAUCUUCUUGGGACUGCUUAUUAUCAGAUGCUUCAAAAUCCUGCUAGACCCAUAUAGCAGCAUGCCUUCCUCUACAUGGGAAGAUGAAGUUGAAGAGUUUGAUAAAGGGACAUUUGAAUAUGCACUCGCGUGAGAGUUCCAGCUAUACAGUUUUUAUGGUUGCACCAUUGGGACACAUUCUGGAUACAUUUGUAAUUACCUUGCGUGUGUGUGGGAGAGGCUCAUUUUGUGUGGCGAACUCAAUAAACAUCUGUAACUGAUUUCUUCACCAUGCUGAGCAAAUGAUAAA